GGCGACACGCGCGCUCCGCCACGCCCCCCGCAGCGCCAUGUGCGGCGGCGGCGCGCAGGCGUAGGCCGGAAGUGUGACUGGCGUGUGGGCCGGCCGGGGGCAGCGCUGCCGCCCCGCCUGCUCGCCGGGCACGCCGCGGCCCCGGCGCCGGGAACAUGUUGCCCCUCUCCAUCAAGGACGAUGAGUACAAGCCGCCUAAGUUCAACCUGCUCAGGAAGGUGUCGGGUUGGUUCAGGUCCAUCCUAGCGGACAAGACCUCCCGCAACCUCUUCUUCUUCCUCUGCCUCAACCUCUCCUUCGCUUUCGUGGAGCUGCUCUACGGCAUCUGGAGUAACAGCUUAGGUCUAAUAUCAGAUUCCUUUCAUAUGUUUUUCGACUGUACUGCUCUAUUGGCUGGAUUAGCAGCUUCAGUUAUUUCAAAAUGGAGGUCAAACGAUGCUUUCUCAUAUGGGUAUGUUCGAGCAGAAGUACUUGCUGGUUUUGUAAAUGGUUUAUUCCUCAUCUUUACAGCAUUCUUCAUUUUUUCUGAAGGUGUUGAGAGAGCGCUUGAACCUCCUGACGUGCAUCAUGAGAGACUUCUUCCUGUUUCUAUACUAGGAUUUAUUGUAAAUCUUAUAGGGAUAUUUGUUUUUCAACAUGGAGGUCAUGGACAUUCACAUGGCUCUGGGCAUGAACACAGCCAUUCUCUAUUUAAUGGUGGCCUCAGCCAUGGACAUAGUCACGGAGGUCAUGGUCACAGCCAUGAACAUAAACAUGGCCAUGGACACACUCAUGAUCACGGCCACGGACACUCUCACGGUCAGAGUUAUUGCCAUGAUGACCAUUCACUUGAAGGGAUGGCUGGAUCCAGCAAACAAAUUUUACAAGGUGUAUUUCUACACAUUGUUGCGGACACACUUGGAAGUAUCGGUGUAAUCAUAUCUGCUAUAUUGAUGCAGAACUAUGGUCUCAUGAUAGCAGAUCCUAUUUGUUCAAUGCUGAUAGCAAUACUUAUAGGUGUAAGUAUUGUUCCACUUUUAAGGGAAUCCAUUGGAAUUUUGAUGCAGCGAACUCCUCCUUCCCUGGAAAAGGUGCUGCCUCAGUGCUACCAGAGGGUGCAGCAGUUGCAGGGAGUUUACAGUUUACAUGAUCCACACUUCUGGACCCUCUGUACUGAUGUUUAUAUAGGGACUUUGAAAUUAUUAGUAGCUCCUGAUGCUGAUGGGAGGUGGAUUCUAAGCCAGACUCACAACAUUUUUACUCAGGCAGGAGUAAGACAGCUUUACAUUCAGAUUGAUGUCGCAGCCAUGUAGUGAAUUUCUGAAAUUGUGCUGUUGGACCAAAGUUUUCUGUGCUGUAACGGUAUAACAACUGAUUUCUCAAGACAGAGCCGCCUCCGCCACCGUUCUGGAAUCGGCUGAAUAGAUUUCUGCCCUUGGGCUACAGAUGGAGUUCACUUCUAAGGACGAAAUAUUGAAUGAAUGUUACGGACUUUGGGUCUUGUCUUUUUGUGGCCCCUAAACUUGCAAGUUUUUGAGGGUUUUUUACUUACUAAGAUUGUGGUACUGGAAACCCUGUCAUGUCUUCAGUAAAGCUGCUGAAACCACUGCUCAUUCCCAUAAAAACAGUGUUAUCAACAAUUGGAAACUUGUUUUGUAGAUAAUGUCACAAUGGCUGACAUGCUUCAAUAUAAUUGUAUGUUUGUACGAUUGUUUGUACUUUGCAAACUUAAUGAACCAAACCAUAUUGGGUUUUCAAAGUGCCUUUUAUGUCAGGAGAGGUAUUUGCCAGCAAAAAUAUGGAGCAUCAAAGGGUUUUAUUACUUUUACAAAUAUCUUGUCUGCAGUCUGAUUAUUUACUAGUGAUGUAUGUGGGGGGUUGUGUACUUGUGUAAGUGUAGAUAUUAGACUACUUUUGGACUUGUAUCUUACCAAACAGACAGAAAAAUUCUAAAUGUAAAAGGCAAAGCUGUUGGGAAGAGACUUGCUUCCAAAACAAGCUGGAUAUUUUGUUGCAUGUAUCUUGUGGACAUUCUUUUAGUCAAAAUAUGAAAUUUAACUCCAGUUCCUAGUCCCUUCACACUUCUGAGAGUAAUGAGACAUUACAUGAUGAUACCCAUGUUCAUAAUGGUCACUGAAUCAACAGGCAGCUGGGGGAAGAUGCUGGUGAUGGAAGCAAUGAUUUAUCUUCCGGAUUAUAUAGUGGGAAAAAUUAAAUCCCUAAAUUGUUUGUGAAAGCUUAAAUCUCCUUGAUUUUAAUAGGUUGUAAUAAUUUUUAUUAAAGUGAUUGGUGAGGUAACUUUUGCUUUUCCAAAUGUUGGGAAUAGUUCUUCCGAUGGUUAUAUAAUAGCUAAAAUGGAAGUCAGGACCAUGGUUCGUGCUGUUCAACACUCUGCUGCUUCCAGGUUGACAAGUCUGGUGGUUUUGACUAUCUUACUGUAGCCUUGUGUGUUUUCAUGGGGGGAAAAGAUUCUCAUUGUCUUGUUGUUUUUCUAGAAACAUCAGUCUGUCAUAUUUUUCUAGCAUUUAUAAUAAUUUUACACUUUCAGAUCUGAGCAUUGUUUUCAGAGACAAUCUGCUAUACUUGGUAUUACAGAUGUUAAUUUCACUAUGCUGUAGUAGUUAACUUUGUAAUGGGAGGUUUUUAUAAGAGGACAUUUUACAAACAGAACAUUGUGGAGUAAAAAACAAGACAGCCGUUUUUCUGAUAAA